AUGACUGAGUCCUCCGCGAGCGUCCAAGACGUCGCGGCCUUGUGCCGCAAGGUGGCGGAGCUUCGGCAGGAGAACGCGGCCCUUUGCGAGGCUGUUGCUAGCGCGGCUAACCGGCCACCCAUUGCAGCGGCCGCAGCUCCGCCCUCCCUCCCCCCCCCAACUUCGGAUGUCUUUCUUGCCUUACCGGAUAAGUGGGACGGCACGGACGGGAGAUGCAGUGUUUUUCGAACUGCUCUCGACCUGGUGUUCAAGUUCAAUGCCAUCAAAUACUCCACCGAUCGAUUGCGCAUUGCUCUCCUUGUCUUGUUGCUGUGGGGGCAGGCAGCUGAGUGGGCCACGGCAGUUCUUCAUGCUGACUCCGAUACCGCCCAUUCAUACAGCGAAGUUCGUCCGUGA